GGGCGGGACUCAGACCGAUGGGCGCGCGGCGAGGCCGCCGGGAAGAUGGCGGUGCUGACGGCGGUGCUGGCGCUGCUGUACUCGGUGCCCGGGAUUUGCCGCUGGCUCGCACACCCCUACUACUCAUUGUCCGCGCUGCUCGCCACCGCUUUUCUGCUGGUGCGCAAAGUGCCGCCGCUCUGCCGGGGGCUGCCCUCUCAGCGUGAGGACGGCAACCCCUGCGACUUCGACUGGCGGGAGGUGGAGAUCCUGAUGUUUCUCAGCGCCAUCGUGAUGAUGAAGAACCGGCGCAGCAUCACUGUAGAUCAGCACAUCGGGAACAUCUUCAUGUUCAGCAAAGUGGCCAACGUCAUCCUCUUCUUUCGCCUCGACAUCUGCAUGGGACUGCUCUACCUCACGCUCUGCAUUGUAUUCCUGGUGACGUGCAAGCCGCCACUGUACAUGGGCCCCGAGUACAUCAAGUACUUCAGCGACAAGACCAUUGACAAUGAGCUGGAGCGUGACAAGCAGGUGACGUGGAUCAUUGAGUUCUUUGCCAACUGGUCCAGCGAGUGCCAGUCCUUUGCCCCCAUCUUUGCCAACCUCUCCCUCAAGUACAACUGCCCAGGGUUGCACUUUGGGAAGGUGGACGUCGGCCGCUACACGGAUGUCAGCACCAGGUCUGGGGGUGCAGGGCCAGUGAUGCAGGCAGGGCUGGAGCCCCGGGAGCCUCCAGCCCCUCCAGUGUUACCUGAGCCUCUCCUUCCACGCAGGUACAAGGUCAGCACCUCCCCCCUCACGAAGCAGCUGCCCACCCUCAUCCUCUUCCAGGGCGGGAUCGAGAAAAUGCGCCGGCCGUACAUCGACAAGAAGGGCCAUGCUGUGUCCUGGACCUUCUCUGAGGAGAACGUGAUUCGGGAGUUCAACCUCAAUGAGCUCUACCAGCGGGGCAAGAAGCAGCCAAAGGGCCAGAAUGAGGGGUUUGAGGAGCCCCGUGUACCCCCCGACCAGGAGCCCAAGAAGGACAAGUAGAGGCUGCCCUGGCUGUCACAGUUGCUGUCACCAUUGCCAUCAUCAUCAUCACUGCAGUGGCCCCUGUGCCCUCCCUGGAGCUGUGUGCGUGGGGGCGUCCAGUGCAGAUGGGUGGCCCAUGCCCCCCUCUCCUAAUGCUCAUCUGCAUCGCUGACAAUAAAGGGCCUGCGCGCGAGCAUCCUUGUGUCCUUCUGUCCCUGCGUCCCUGUGUCCCUGUCCACCUGUCCCUGUCCAUACAUCUGUCUUAUGUAUGUUCCUAUGCCCAUGCGUUCCUGUCUCCGCACCCGUGUGUCCACGUGCCUGUUCCUCCUUGUGUCCUGGUCCAUGUGUCCAAGUGUCCAUGUCUGUAUGUCCCUGUCCCCACACUUCUCUGUCUGUGUUGAUGUCCUUGUGUCUUGUCUGUCUGUGCGUUCAUGUCUAUGUGCAUGUGUGUCUGUGUCCCCAUGUCCCUGCUCCGGCAAGGCGCGGGGCUCAGCUGGUGAUGGCUCUGGGAUUGCCUCGGUUUGUGCGUGCGUGAGGUGGCACUGCAGGUCGGUUCUCCGUCCUAGGGUUCCCCCCAGGCGUUCAACCGCAGCCCCGGUGUGACCUGGGCAGCAGGUGGUAGCGGGGCUGAUCGGGACCACUCUGUCCCUGUCCACUCCCGGGUGUUAUCGUCCUAUCACGUACCCGCUCCCCCAUCUCUCCGGCCCGCGAGGAGGACCUCGAGGGGCGAUGACCACCGUCCCUGCAUACUGAUUCGAUGCCUCUGGAGUACAAUCGGUGGCCCCACACUCGGGUUGGCUACGUGUGCUCUGCUCUGACUGGUCAAUUCAGGAUCUCGCUUUGCUGAUGCUCACCUGGUUGCUGUAAUUGCUGUACUCUGAUUGGUCAAUUCUAAAUCAGCUUUGCUGAUGCUAUUUUCUGAACGGCUAUGAUUGCCACUCUCUGAUUGGUCAUUUAGGAUCCCACUUUGCUGAUUCUGUUUUAUGAUUGGCUGUGAUUUAUGCAUUCUGAUUGGUCAAUUCAGGAUUCUUCUUUGCUGAUUCUGUUUCAUGAUUGGCUGUAAAUGCCGCUGUCUGAUUGGUCAAUUCAGGAUCCCACUUUGAUGAUUUUGUUUUAUGAUUGGCUGUGAUUUCUGCUCUCUGAUUGGUCAUUUCAGGAUCCCACUUUGCUGAUUCUGUUUUAUGAUUGGCUGUGAAUGCCACUCUCUGAUUGGUCAUUUCAGACUACCACUCUGCUGAUUCUGUUUAAUGAUUGGCUGUAAAUUGCGCUCUCUGAUUGGUCAAUUCAGGAUCGCACUUUGCUGAUUCUGUUUUAUGAUUGGCUGUGAUUUCUGCUCUCUGAUUGGUCAAUUCAGGAUCGCACUUUGCUGAUUCUGUUUUAUGAUUGGCUGUGAAUGCCGCUGUCUGAUUGGUCAUUUCAGGAUCCCACUCUGCUGAUUCUGUUUUAUGAUUGGCUGUGAAUGCCACUCUCUGAUUGGUCAUUUCAGGAACCCACUUUGCUGAUUCUGUUUAAUGAUUGGCUGUAAAUUGCGCUCUCUGAUUGGUCAAUUCAGGUUCGCACUUUGCUGAUUCUAUUUAAUGAUUGGCUGUGAUUUCUGCAUUCUGAUUGGUCAAUUCAGGAUCGCACUUUGCUGAUUCUGUUUUAUGAUUGGCUGUGAAUGCCACUCUCUGAUUGGUCAUUUCAGUAACCCACUUUGCUGAUUCUGUUUAAUGAUUGGCUGUUAAUGCCACUCUCUGAUUGGUCAAUUCAGGAUCGCACUUUGC